AUCAAAUUAAAUUGUGGAUUGAUCCCCGGACUUGAAUGUCGGCGUCAGACGCCUCAGAGCUCAGCAGACCACUGACCACGGCACUACUCUCUCUCUUAGCACGUCGAUUGCAUACAGUAUAGUAUCAUAGACAAAAUCGUAGAUUGCAUUGCGCGCGGGACGCUCGAGCUAUGCAGUUAACGUGACCUCUUCGAACUAGGUAUUCAACGUCAAGUCAAUGUAGAAUUGCAUUUGCAACCAGUAUUGUGCUUUCAUAAUAAGGAGACGUAUGAUACAUGAUGUCUACAAGAAUCAAACGGAAACCAGCAAAGUAUGCUGAGGAUGACCCUCCAGCACCUCCAAAGAAAACUCCAAAGAAGCCCCCAGCAUCAUCCAAUUCCGAAGUUGACCCGCCCCCCUCAUCAAACACUCCCAAACUGACCACACCCAACGUGGCCACUCCCAAGGUAGCCACACCCAACGUGGCCACUCCCAAGGUAGCCACACCCAAGGUGACCACACCGAAACCAAGCAGUACCAAGGCGACCCCAGGCGCCCCAAGGUCUGGUGCCGGCAAACCUAACAAGAAGAAAUCCCCAGAGGGGCAGAAGGAAAAGAAAGUUGACAAGGAUGCUAAAAGACCUCUGCGGAGCUGUGAGAAGAGCAGAUGUCCCGCUAAGAUCCCACAAUGCUUUGCUAAAGCUACAGACAAAUGCGCUGGUUCUGGAUAUACAGCUCGAUGGUAUCAUCUCUCAGCGGGAGAACAUCAUUGCAAUGAAUGCUUUGAUUAUUUCUACAGGAGUCAUCGCCAAGGCUACCAGCUUAUCUCAAACUGGAGGCGUGUUUGGGGCAGCAACGGGAAGACAGAGCCAAGUCUCAAGUCCUACAUGUCGGAUAAAGUGCUUCCGUUCUGGCUUCAAUGUACACAGACUGGCUGUGGCAAGUGGAGGGAGUUCCACUCUACAGAAACCUUAUCCCUGGAGGUUAUACAGAACUUUGUCUGUGGAUUUGAGGCAGGUGCAAAGAAGGGCACACCAUCAGAUCACUGCAGUGUUCUUCAAGACCACAGAGUGGAGCAGACUUUUGAUUUGGAAUGGUUGUCUCUUCUUGUGAUACCGCCCCUCCUUAAGAACUCUCCUGCUGCUCCUUUCCUCACAUCUUACUUUCCCGAUGGAGUCGGUCUCAGUGCAUCCUGCCCCGUUGCGUCAAGAAAUGGAGGUUUAUCCGAAGGGGAUGAAUCUUUUGCUGCAGGAGUGAGUCCCUACUUCCAGCCGUUCUACCAACCCGACGAGCAGGGUAAAGCCCUGUGUAUAUGCCCCGAUGUCAUGGAGCAUGAAGAGGUGGAGGAGUUUCCGGAGUUUGAAAGGGAACAGCAGAUGUACCUUGCUCUCAGGAAUCUGGUCCUGGCUCUGUGGGCGCAGAACUGUAAGGAAUUCUUGACAGCUCAUGCCUGCACUCAAAGACUAGUUGUACGAGGCCUGGUGAGGAUAAAGUGUGCGGAGAUCCUGGAACCAAUCGUGGCCUUCCUGACCCGCAAAGGACUCAUCAACACAGGACUUCUCAGGGACCCACCCAAAGAGCUCCAAGUCUGUCGAGAUGUAGGGGUGGGCAAAGUAAUAGUCAUUGGAGCUGGAGUCGCGGGAUUAUCCGCAGCCCGUCACCUGACCAACUUGGGUUGUGAUGUCACAAUGCUGGAGGCCAGGGACAGGAUCGGAGGAAGGGUGUGGGACGAUCACUCAUUGGGUUCCUGUGUGGGUAAAGGAGCUCAGAUUGUCAAUGGAUGCAUCAACAAUCCUAUCGCACUCAUGUGUGAACAGGGCGGUUUCAAGCUUCGAAAGAUGCAUGAGAGGUGUGACCUGCUUGGAGAAGGAGGGGUUGUGACCGAUUCACACAUCGACAAACGGGUCGAGUUUCAUUUCAAUGCCAUGUUAGAUGCCAUCGCUGAAUGGAGAAAAGACAAGUUCUCGAGCUCAGACUCACCGCUAGGAAAGAAAAUCAUGGAGAUGCACCAAACGUUCAUGGAUGAAACCAAUUUAACAUUCACAGAGGAAGAAGACAAACUCUUACAGUUCCACAUCAGUAAUCUAGAGUAUGCGUGUGGCAGUAAUCUAGCAAAGGUUUCCUCCCUACAUUGGGAUCAGAACGAAGCCUUUGCUCAAUUCGCCGGCGACCAUUGUCUCCUCAAAGAAGGCUAUCAAGUUGUCUUUACCGAACUUGCCAAGGAUCUUGAUGUAAGACUACAGCAUCAGGUCACCGCUGUGGAUCAUUCAUCGGAUGAUAUCGUUGUGACAACCAAGGAUGGUCAGACAUUCACAGCUCAGAAAGUGUUAGUGACCAUACCUCUCGUGUUACUGCAGUCGAAUGCAAUCAACUUCACACCGCCUCUACCUGAAGAUAAAACAGAAGCAAUAAAUAGUUUAGGAGCUGGGAUCAUUGAGAAGAUUGGGCUGCAGUUUCCAUCCCGGUUUUGGGAGAAGAAAACACAAGAGACGGACUACUUUGGUUAUAUUCCAACAGAUCCAGCAGACAGAGGGUUCUUCUCAGUGUUUUAUGACAUGUCAAAUGAGAAUACAGAGAGUAAUGUACUGAUGUCAAUAAUCAGUGGUGAUGCAGUAGAGAAGCUGAAGACGAUGACAGAAGAAGAAGUCAUGAAAAAAUGUUUAUCAUGUCUCAAGAAACUCUUCCCUAAACAGACGGUACCGAACCCCUCCAAGUACUUUGUAACCCAAUGGCAUAAAGACGAGUUCGCUGGUAUGUCAUACAGUUUUGUAGCAUCGGGUUCAAGCGGAGAAACAUACGAUAUCCUCGCUGACUGUGUCGAUGACAAAAUAUUCUUUGCAGGAGAGGCAACAAACCGAAGUUUUCCUCAGACAGUAACCGGAGCAUACCUCAGUGGAAUCAGAGAAGCAAACAAGAUUAUUGCAUUAUGAUGCAGUGUAUGAACGCACCUUAGAUGUAAUAGUGACUUUGACCAUUUUGAGUGCAUGUUUGUUGGUGUGUUCACAUGUCAGAGAAUACACAUGCUCUGGUUAUUGUAUGCAUCUGAUCACGGUGAGGAUUGAGUUGUCGUAACAUGCCAUCUCAUCAAACAAGCCCAGCUGAAUGAGCAUGCCAUGGUGGUCUGCCAAUGACUUCAGGGAGAGGCAGUCACGUGCGAAUGCACCGUCUUCAUUGAUGUUGUGAAAGAUGGGCCUGUUCACACUAGAUCAUAGUCGGGUUUCGCCUAACAAUUCAUAGGGCGGAGGAUUUCCCCAAAUCAGUGUCGUCUUUUGCAUGCGACCUCAUCUUCAAAACGAUGACAGCUACAGGUCCUAUUUGAAUAGUUUAUGAUCUUAAUCAGUUUGAGAUGAUGACUUAUAGCCCAGUCAAUGUAAUGGUAAAUCAUCAUCAUCUACUGUAGUCCCAUACCUUUGAAAAGGGGUUAGGAAUGUGGACCUCCAUUGCCUUUUGUGAUGUAAAUACACUAUUCUGAACAUCAUUCUCCAGAUCAGUGAGUAUUACCCAACAGUACUGCAGAUUAUCAACAUUAAUGAUUCAGAAACCUUUGAAAUGAAAUUUUAGUAUACUGGUUAAUAAGAAGACUUUUGAAGAUUUCGAAUAAACUUUUAUUCCUGUUUUAAUUCCAAAUGCUUUGCAAUUCAAUUUAUUCAAAAUAAAAGUCCUUGUACGUAAAAAUGUUAACAGAUUACUUUUUUAAACAACUGUUAACAAUUAAUCUUGAUGUAACGAUGUAGAAAAUAACAUAUCUAUAUGAUAAUUAGCGUUCUAUUAUCUUCAAGAACAAUUUGUAUUCUUCAUGAAAAACCACAAGCAUCAUUAUUAAUACCCCGUCUUAACAGACACUUUUUCUGACUGCCCUACCCCGAUAAAAGCAGGGCGAAAAAAUCCCCCUUCCUAUUAAGACGCUCCCUCUGGGAGAAAAGCAGGACUGUGUCGGGAAGGAUUUUUCCAAAUUUCAGCCUGCUCCAACGAGGGUGGAUGCGGGGUAGAAAAACAAUUCCACCUAGCUAAUACCUGGGUACACGUUCUGGGAGAAAAGCAGGCAGGAUUUUUCGGGGUGCAGUCCGUCCGAAAAGCUCAAUAUUGCGCAAUGACGUGUACAAAACGCAUGCCAUAUAAAGGCAUGGUCAAACAGAGAGAUUGGGUUGUUUACAAAUAUGUUGCCGUUUUGUUAGUAUUUUUAUUUACCUUGCAUGUAACCUUUACGGGUAGGAUUUUCAGUAAGUGUCGUCUGUUAAGACGGCGCACAGAGGAUACCACCCAUGGUUGAGGAAUUCUACCCUGCUUUUCUACCUGCCCUCUGCCCGGGCACUGUCUAUUAAAACGGGGCCUAAGAGAACCAUGAAGGUAGUAAUAAGAAUUCACUUACGCAUUUAAGAUUACUCAAGUUGCUUUUAUACUGAAAUACAAAAGAAGGUUUUGAAAUUUGAAAUUACUCAGGAUUGCAAAGUCAAGUGAUCAAUGAUCUUGCAUGAUUACUGGCAGCCAUUUUUUUUUUAAGGAAUAAUACACAAUGUCAUUUAUCAUGCGUUUAAAGCAUGAAGUUUACUAUCAGUACAGCUCUCAAGUACAACCGAAUUUCAUGCCGACAUUUUGGCCAAAAAUGUAGAUUUUCAUUAAAAUUUCUCAAGAAUGUCCAUUGAAGGAGAGUUGCAAAUGCCGUACAUUAUUUCCAUUGAAAAUAUGCCUUCUAACCUCUUGGUCCAGUUUCACAAAGAUUUACAAUUAUAGUAAAUUUGACACUAUUGUAAUUACUUUGUACCAUGGAAACCUAGAUGUUGAUUGGCUACUGAAUCAUGUGACCAUCAACACAAGUUCUUUGUGAAAAUGACCCCUGUGGUUCUACAAUGCUCUUUAGAUUUGUACUUGACCACAAUUGCUCUGUUUAUCUGCAAAUAAAAUCACCUAUAAAUACUGA